CCAAUAGCGUGAAGGCACUGAAUUUAAAAGAGAGUCGCGUGUGUUGGUGGCGACAAACAGUUUCUAGCAUCAAGGAGGUCGUGAAGGAAUUGUUAGCAGCUUUUGGUACUAAGAUACAAUGGCAGAUAUCUUUGUGGAGCAAGAAAAUGCACAUUUUCAGCCACCUUCUCUGAAGCUACGGCAGAGGCUUCCGUCUGUUCCAGAGAAACUACUGAAAUCUCCUAUGAUUGGAAAAAGCAUGAACACCCCACUGAGAUCAGGUCGUAAGGCUUUUGGGAUGGUCAACAAAAAUUCAUCAACUCCAGCAGUUGCUCCUAAGGAAAAGAGACUCUUGAAGCCACAGGAAACCAAAGUCAAGCAGCUGCCUCAAACCAAAGUGGAGGAGUAUCCAGAAAUUGAGAAGUUCAUUCCAUAUGACCCACUAGAGUUUGAGAGGUACAGUAUACCUGAUGACUUGGUUUUAUUUGGUGGCUUGGCUCUACCUGGAUUGGCUUGUUUCUCUCCACCUCUGUGUGAGGAAGACCUGGAAAAGCUUGAUCCACUUCCAGAGCUGUCACCCAUGAAGAUGCCCAAACAUUCAGUUGACUGUCGGGACCUGAAUUCCUUUCUUCAAACACUUGACGAGCUGACCAUUGAACUUCCUCCAGAGCCAUUUACUGACGACUAAUCUCUAUUGUCCUGUUUUUAUAGUUUUGUUUUACUGAAAUGUGGUUUUAUGUUUACUGAAAUAAAGUUUUAUCUACACUUCA